AUGGAAGUAUAAUAAAACCAAAUAAAAUAGCCAGAAUUUUAUUAUGAAUUACAACCAUAAUUUUCAAUCGAUCAAAAAGAAUGGUGCAAUACUAUUGCUAUAAAUGAAAAUAAGUAAUUAAUUUUAGUUGCUUGUGAUAAAAAUGUUAAAAUUUAUUAAUUAAAUAAUGGAUUAUUAAGAUUCAUCUAAAUACUACUAAAUAGUCAAUAUACAAUUACAAUUCUGAAAUUUUUUAAUAAUAAUAAAUGUUUUUAAUUUAUAUCAGGAUCAUGUGAUAGUAUUAUAAUAAUUAGAUCAAUAAUAUUAUUAAGAAAUCAAAAAUACAUUUAGAAAUUGAAUUCACAUACUAGAGGAAUUAGUUGUUUAAUUAUAGGUUAAGAUCAAAAUAUGUUUUUAUCAGCCAGUGUAGAUUAAACAAUUAAAUUAUGGAGUUGUUUCUAAUAAUAAAAACUUAGUUGUUAAUGGUCUUGCUAAUAAACAAUUAAAGAUCAUACAAAUGAUGUCUAUGCUUUAGAUAUUAAUUAAAAAUAAAAUAAAGCAAUAUCAGGUGGAUAUGAUGAUACUAUAUUAAUUAUGGAUAUAGUAAAAUAUAAGGAAAAUUAUUAAUUAAUUUUAAAAUAAAAGAUUAAAGUAUCUAAUUUUGGUUAUAGAAUCCUAUUCAUAAAUGAUUAAGAUUUCAUAUUUUAAACAUAUUGUGGUAAGGUUCUUUAAUUAUUCAAGUUAAAUUAAGAUUAAUAAUAUUUAAUUACAUAAUAAUUACCUGUUUAAUGUAUUAGCUAGAACUGUAAUAUAUUUUUUUAGCCUUAAUUAAUAAGAUCAAAAGAUUUCUUUGCCUGCAAAAAUAGUUAAAAUCUUAAUUUUAUUAGGUUUAAUCCUAUAAGUAAUGAACUAGUAUUGUUAUAAUCUAUAACAUUUGAUAAUUAAGAAUAAUAUGGAUAAUUGAGUGAAGAUGGUGAAUAUUUAAUUACAUGGGAUAAGAAAUUAGAAAAAUUAGAAAUAAGAAAGUAUAAAGUAAAUAGUGAGUAAAUUAAUUGA